AAAAGUUCCAAUUGAUUUGAAUCUUAUUUGCUGUGAUUACGAGUGUUGGAUGUAACUACGCGGAAAGUUGAGGGAUCCCGCCCCGCGGCCGCGAUACUCGAUAACUCCGCCCUCUGUCUCUGAGUCGAACGACCCAUCUAUGCGCCGUAAGCUAUUGACAGAGAUGGCGUCAGCAUAUUCCAUCUGAAUAUGCCUUGUAUUAGAAAAUGACAGUGUUGUAGCCUAAGGUCUGGUGGGAUUUCGCGUCAAAAUAGCAUCACAGAGUCACCUGCGUUUCUAGUUAGGGAGACGCCGAUAUGAGGGUGAAUAUGGCUGGCCAGAAAUUAUAUAAAGACGACGUUGCUUGGGCGGAAUAUUAUGGUUACCAAGGACUAUCCAUGAAAACCUGCCUCCAAGACCAGCGCAUUCAAACCGAGCUACAUCGAGAACAUUAACUACAUACCGUCCAAUAACCAACUAUCUUUUACCUGUGAUCUACAAACCACCGCAAAUGGAGGGUCGUUACAGAGAAGCUCACAAGAACCCCAAAGGUCCGGGGGACGCGCGACCGACGGCACUGCAAAUCAUCAAAGAUGAGGAGCGCGAAGGGUCCCUAAGCGACAAGGUUGUUUUUAUCACCGGGUGUUCGUCAGGCCUCGGCGUCGAGACUGCGCGAGCCCUCAAGGCUACCGGCGCCACGCUGUUUCUCACAGCGCGCAACCUGGAGAAGGCCAGAACAGCGCUCGGGGGUAUUCUAGACGGUGGCAGGGUCCAUCUUCUGAAACUUGACCUUGAAUCUUUGGCCAGCGUGCGCACUUGUGCAGAGGAAUUCUUGUCGAGAAGCCAGACGCUCAAUAUCCUCAUCGCCAACGCAGGGGUAAGGCUCGUGCCCGAAGGCCGCACGAAGGAUGGAUUCGAAGUACACCUGGCGACAAACCACCUCUCCCAUUUCCUCUUAUUUGAGCUUCUAAAGCCGACGCUCCUGCAUUCUUCAUCACCUGAGUUUCACUCGCGUGUUGUUUCCGUCUCGUCAACGGCGCAUCGUACUGCGCCGCUCAAUUUCGACGACUUGAAUUUUGAGAAGCGAAAAUACAACGGGGUGGCUGCAUACGGGCAAAGCAAGCUUGCAAAUGUGUAUAUGGCCAAUGAGAUUGAAAGACGAUAUGGAGCGCAAGGCCUACACGGCUGGAGCAUUCACCCUGGAGGUAUACGCACGGGGUUACAGCGCCCAAAUAUGCGUGACUACUUGGUCGUACUCAAAAAUGGACCCAUACACAGCUUAAUGUAUAUGCAAAACACAGAACAAGGAGCGGCUACAUCGACGUGGGCAGCUGUGAGCCGAGACCUUGAGGGCAAGGGCGGUAAGUAUCUUGAAGAGUGUCAAGUUAGUCAAGGCCUUGUUGAAGGAGGAGACGUAGUAGGUCCCGGCCGUGCCCCUUGGGCGUAUCACGAGGAGGACGCGAAAAAGUUAUAUGACGUGUCCUUGAAGCUGGUUGGUCUCGAGAAGAAUUAGCCGGGAAGAUGUUUGUAGAGAGGAAUGUCGAGGAUGGUGCGAAGUUGCUCCGU